AUGGUAUAUUUUUCUUCAGUUUUGCAUUUCCUAGACUCUUAGGAAACUCGCUUUCUUCCAUUAUUUUAAUGCAAGGACAUUACAAUGAAACGACCACUAAUGCAUCAGAGUCUGGCAAUAUUAAAGUAUGUGGUGCAGAUUUAUGUCCAGAACACUCAGUAACUGAGAUACAGUUCUCCUUACCAGAUCCACUGACGGUCAAAAUACUCAUGUCUGUAUUUGUAACAUUCAGCAUUAUUGGUUUACUGUUAUGCAUUUUCUUACUACCGCCACUUCCAACCACCGUAACGUCCACAAACAACAGCGUCAUCAGAAAGAUGUUAUCCGCCACCUGUUUUUGUCUCCGAGUGAACACAGAAGUAGAGAUGAUUCUUUUUAUUCCGUCCAUUGUGUUGUUGUCAUCUGUGGAAACCUUCCGUUGGAUUGGCGUCUCCAAGGCCUAUAUAAGCUGUCCCUUUGGUGUACAAUUUGUCGGAUUUUCAAUGGCUCUGCAUGGACUCUUAAGCGGAGUUUCUUCCAUUUUCCUUCCACGAUUGGCAAAUUUUAUCAGCAGAAAGUAUGUAGUGACUUCUUUGAUAAUUGGAAUCACUAUAACGCAUGUAGUUUUCUUGAUAUGGACACCGGUAAACGAUGAACUGCCCCAAAUGAUGGGGUUUAUUUCCAUACAGGGAGUGCUAGAGGGGGGACUCAGUACAAUGCUAUGUGCUUUCCUGUCAUUUAUGUACCCAAAGAAAACAGAUGCAGCGUUCGCUAGCUUGGCUACAUGGAAAUCAUUAGGAAACACAGCAUUUAUAAUCCUUGCUUACUACCUCUGUGAAAGUGCAAGGUUGUAUAUUAUUUACGCCCUCUGUAUCCUCUCUAUGACCACCUACGUUGCCUUGGAAUUACGUUUGAGACUGAGAAAGAACAAACCUGAAAUUAAUGAUGAGCAGGAGGAUGAGAGCAACAAAGAGUUAAAGAUGUCUGACGAUUAAAUAUUGCUUAAUUUUAUUUGAAAUAAGUAUAUUUGGUGAAAAUACCAGCUGUUUAUCUCAUUUCCGCUUAUUUUCUUAGGGAGUUCAGUUCAGCUGCCAGUUCUUUAUUACAUUGGUUAAAAGAAUUCUUGAAUUUAUUCUAAAGCAGGCUCGUAGUACGCAACCCCUCUUUUUUUCUGAGAAUAGUUAUUUACUGCAGUUUUUUUUUAUUUGGAUGCUACUUGCAACCCCCCCCCCU